AAAAUAACGUGGAGGAACCGUAGCUGUCCUGGAACAGCUUGAACAGAGAAACUGAAGAAAAUGGCUUCGCGGUUGAGCCGAAUCUGGCCCGCUGUGUCCCGGGUUCGCUUGAGCUCCGCGCUCGGUGCGCGCUGCGUGUCGCAGACGCCCCAAUCGAGCGCCUCCGGUGCGGCCACGAUUUCUGAUCUGCAGCCGCUGUCUCCCGCUGCUCAGGACAGUCAUGGACACGCAGAGGUCAACCCGUUUGAGAAGAAUCCAGAUUUCCAUGGCUUCCAUCAUCAUGAUUCAUUUGUGGAUGAAUGGAACAUGAGAUUGGCAUUUUUCUUUGGCAUUUCUGUGGCCAUUGUUGUCGGAGGCACUUUCAUCCACUAUUUGCCUGAUCACGGUAUGAGGCAGUGGGCUCGACGGGAAGCAGAGAGGUUGAUCAAACAGAGGGAAGCUGAAGGUCUUCCAAUCAUGACUGAAAAUUAUUAUGACCCCAGCAAGAUUGUUCUCCCUUCAUCUGGAGAGGAGUAGACAUUUUGUCAAUAAAUAUCUUGUUAUUUUGUGUUUGCUUGUACAUUAGAUCUCCUCAACUGUUAUAAUAAAAAUAUAUGUUCUAA